AUGUCGAACGACGACUCUCUUCCGGCAUUCACUUUGUUCGGUUUGGAUGAGGUCGAAAGUUACGGUCUGCUCAGUGAAGCAGACAAUUCGUUACCUAUGGACAUUCACAAUCAGGCUUUUCAACUUGUAGAGAAGGGAAACCAAUCAUUCAAAGAGUCUAACUUUGAAGAGGCGAUUAGCAGUUAUUCAAAAGCCAAUUCUAUAAAGCCUCUUAAUCCUAUUGUUCUAGGCAAUAGAAGUUCUGCUUAUAUAAGAUUUGGCCAAGAUCUGAAGCAGAGAUCUGCAAAAAUUUCUGAAGAGGAACCUCUGUAUGGAUUUGAUAUGUCGAUGCUUGGGGAACUUGCUCUUAAGGAUGCCGAGAAGCUAAUGAAUCUUCAGAGCAGUUCAGUGAAGUCAUACAUUAUAAAGGCUUGUGCCCUCAUGUUG